UUGGAUAAAGUGAACUUUGUGAGAACAUAAGACAAGUAAUAAUGUAUACAUCAAUGUGUUUUAUGAGCAUCGUCGCCAUUCUCAUGAUCGACGUGAGAACUGGGGCUCUUCUACAGAAAGAUACAGGGCCACGGCAAUGUUACCAGUGCCUGCACAAUCAGAGCGCCUGCCAGCCGGAGCGGCGACUGCAAGCGUCCUGUCCCGCGCGCGGGCUUCAUUGCGCCACCGUCGCCAAGGCACCAGAUUUUACGUCUAGAUUGACCUGCGCCGCAAGUGCCGCUCACCCGUGCAUCCUGAUCCAGUCCCAGCAGACCCUCCAGCUAACUUGCACGUGUGCUGGCCACCGCUGCAACUCGCCCUUUACUGCUCAACUGAGGAACAAGCUCCUUAAUUUUACCUUAACCAUGAGCAACGUUAAUAAGACAAGCCUCAAUCUUACAAAUAUGUUUUUAAAAUCUUUUAGCAACGUUUCCUUGAGCAAACUGUAUGAAACAAUUACAGUAAAAUCAACCAAAGAAAAGCGAAAUAAUACGCAGUUACCUGUUUAUACAACAUCUACAAUAAAACCAAGCCUGGUUGGUAGUUUGAAUGAUAUUAACGGUCCGAGAGCGGAAGCUUUGAAACAUGAGGCUACUGAACCCUCUGACGAUGAAGAAGAUGAAAGCGAGGGCAGCGGGUCUUACGAAGAGAGCCGGUUGAGGCGCCCGGCCUCCGCUCCUGCUGCGCCAAGCUCCUACCUGCCCGCUAACGAAAACAAGGCUCCACCUUUACUUAUAAAUUUUAUUUUAAUACCGUCAAUUAUGUUAGUUAUGCCGGAGAUGAUGCAAAACAUUAUUUAAAAUUUGGCGUAGUAAGGUAUCAUCAGUUUGGUUGGUAAAGUCGGAAAUUUGGUCCAAAGAUUGCAAUAUAUGUUAAGUAGGUAUAGUUUUUUU